CUGAGACUUCCUGUCUGUAGACUGAAGGUGAGAGAUGAACUCACCCCGAGAGCUGCUGGACGAGGAGCUGUCAGGACCAUCAGGAGGCACCUGGUGACACACAGGCUUUUAUUUUGACGUGAUCCCCCGGAAGUGUGGUGCUGGAUGUUGCGGACUUGACCCCCGCGGACUGUCUGCCUCUCCAUCCCGAAGCAGGUUGCGCUGGCCCGACAGGACCAGGCUGUACGGACCCCCUGUGAACUGAGCGGAGCCGAACUGAACCGAACCGAACCGAACUGAGCCGAACCGAGCCGAACCGCUCAAAGGAGCCCUUCCGUCCCGCGCUCAGUGAGUCAGGCUGGAGACUCAGUUAUCAGCCGGGACUCUGCAGCUGUGUGCCCGUCUGGAUGGAGGCUCCGGGCGGCCCGAGGCGGAGGAUCGGCCCGUUGCUGGUUCUGAUGCUGUGCUGCUCCGCUGCUCCGGGACACGCCGAGAGGGUGUGUCACUGCACCGGGAAGUCUUUCUGUCACUGUGACGGGGUCAAAGGUCAGAAGGGUGAACCUGGUUUACCUGGAUUCGAUGGACUUCCUGGGAUGAUUGGUUACCCUGGAAACGAAGGCCAGCAGGGCCAACCAGGAGAAAAGGGCGACGUGGGAGGAGUAGGAGGUCAAGGAGUGAAAGGAUCUCGGGGUCUUCCAGGGAAACCAGGUUCUCCAGGACUUCCAGGACUGCCGGGACUUCCUGGACAUGAAGGACCAAUUGGGCGACAAGGAAUCCCAGGAUGCAAUGGGACAAAGGGGAACGCUGGUUUCCCAGGGUACCCCGGGGUUUCAGGAUUGGUCGGCCUUCAAGGUGAACCAGGACGACGAGGUCCAAAGGGAGACUCGCGCUUCUUCCCCGUCACUCAGGACAUUAAAGGAGUAACGGGACCAAAAGGACCGGAUGGAGAAAAAGGGCUGGGUGGAGAUCCAGGUGAACCCGGCCUGCCAGGACCACCAGGAUCUGCUGGACUUCCUGGAAGGCCAGGGUUGCCGGGGUUACCAGGAGAGAAGGGUCAGGAGGGUCCCAGUCCAGUGAUCCCGGGCCCACAAGGACAGAGGGGUGACCGCGGUCCGCCAGGGAUUCCUGGACAGAAAGGAAUCAAACUUUAUGCUGAAGGACCAAAAGAACUGAAGGGAGAACCAGGUGAAAUUGGAGACAAAGGUUGUCUCGGACUUACUGGCCCGCCGGGGAAACCGGGCAUUAAAGGAGAGCGGGGCGAGCGAGGUGAUCUUGGCCCACUAGGUAAACCUGGGAAGGACGGAGAACCUGGAGAGCUGGGAGAACAGGGAGACCCAGGGGAUCGCGGGUUCCUCGGUCCUCCGGGUAUUGAAGGAACUCAGGGAGAGAAAGGUGAUCGUGGGUUUCCGGGUCUGCCAGGAGAGAUGGUCUGGAAUCACAGGUUCGUGAAGGGCCAGCUCGGUAUCCCUGGGGCCCAGGGACCCCCAGGAGUGCCUGGAGAACAAGGACUCAUUGGUUUUCCUGGACUGCAGGGAGAACCAGGUGUGGCUCCCCCUGGACCACCGGGCCCUCGGGGGCCACCCGGCUCAACUGGACUCAGAGGAGAUCCAGGAGACCCGGGACCUGUUAUCACUGGACCCCCGGGACAGACUGGAGUCCCUGGAGGUCGUGGAAUUGAUGGAGAACCAGGAGAACCAGGAAUACCAGAUUUCCUGGAGGUCAACGUUGGUCGUCCAGGAGCUCGAGGUCCAAAAGGACUCAUGGGACUUCCUGGAACUAGAGGGGAAGAGGGACAGACAGGUGAUAAGGGGGAGGUGUGCUCAGUCUGUCCAGUUUCUCUCAGGCCUGCUGGACCUGCAGGUAAACCAGGAGAACCAGGUGAAGUUGGGCCGCCAGGUUCAGCUGGUAUUCUAGGACCCAAAGGUUACAAAGGAGUCAAGGGUGUUGUAGGACCACCUGGGCCCCAGGGACCCUUUGGUAUCCCUGGCCUCACAGGGACCCCUGGACCUAUUGGUGACCCUGGGAUCAUGCGGCGGGUGGGGCAGAAGGGUGAGGAUGGAGACAAGGGAGGAGUGGGACCACCAGGUUUCGAGGGUCCAGAUGGACUUCCAGGAGUUACAGGACCGAAAGGUGUUUUGGGACAGAAAGGAAACCCUGGGCCUUUUGGACAGAAAGGUGACAGGGGCCCAAUUGGAGAGACUGGUCCAAGAGGACUGUUAGGACAGAUGGGACCUCCUGGACCCCCUGGAAUCGGGGCUCCAGGACCUCCAGGACCUCAAGGCAAUGUAGGAUUCCUGGGACAGCAAGGAGAUCCUGGAAAACCGGGGGAGAAAGGUGCUCCAGGUGAAAUCAGGACCUCUCCAGGAGAUCCAGGACAGAAAGGAGAGAAAGGUUUAUCAGGAAACCCCGGUCCUGAAGGUCUUACAGGCCCUCCAGGUGAACCAGGAUCUGUUGGUCUAAAGGGGGAAAAAGGAGAUCAAGGAUUUUCAGUUCAAGGCCCUCCAGGCUUCCCAGGGGUCAAAGGACUCAAGGGUGUUCCAGGAGCUCCAGGUUUACCAAGUUUUGGUAUCAAAGGACGGGCAGGGCCAUCAGGGCCCCCGGGGAUGCCAGGCUCCAAGGGGGACAGGGGGAUAGGUUUUCCGGGUCAGCAGGGUCAGUCAGGCCCCCAGGGAGAAGAUGGUUCUGUGGGGCCCCAAGGAGACCCUGGACCCCAAGGACUUGAUGGAGCUCCAGGGCCACGAGGACUUGAUGGAAGACCAGGACCCAAAGGUCACAGUGGUCUGGAUGGUGUACCCGGUCCUGUUGGUGCUGUUGGACCAUGUUUAUCGGGAGCUCCUGGAGCUGAAGGAGAGCAGGGACAGAUGGGAGUCAUCGGAUUCACAGGGGCCCGAGGACAAAAGGGUACACGUGGUGACCCUGGGCUGCCUGGCGUGGGAGCCCUGGGGACUCAGGGGCCAUAUGGAGCACCAGGGUUUGACGGACCUCAAGGGCCAGUGGGGGAAGUUGGACUCAAGGGUGUGACAGGGUCCACUGGGGAGCCAGGAAGCCCAGGCAUCAGAGGAAACGAAGGUCCUCCAGGAGUCCCUGGGAGUCCAGGAGAUGAUGGGAAACCAGGAGAGACUGGAAUACCCGGACAGAAAGGUCACAUGGGUAUAGAUGGGGUCAGGGGCUCUCAGGGACCUCAGGGACAACAAGGGGACCGAGGAGAAACAGGACCGAAAGGAAUACAGACAGCUGUGGAGAUGUAUGGAGAUCCCGGAGACUCUGGAGUCGCUGGGUCCAGAGGUCUCACUGGUGCUGAAGGAGAGAAGGGCCUUCCAGGGCCACAAGGGCCGGACGGCAGCAACGGAAGACCUGGAAAUCGUGGACCACCAGGACUUCCUGGACACCCUGGUAGAGAUGGAGAGAGAGGUCCUCCCGGUCCCAGUGGACUCAUUGGUGACCAGGGAGAGAUGGGAAGACCAGGUUGUAAAGGACAUAAAGGUUACCCAGGACCCUGUGGGCCACCUGGUUCCAAGGGAAUACCAGGACCGGCAGGGCCUAAAGGUCCUAAAGGGGAACCAAGUCCACCAGGACCAGGAUCCAAAGGACCUCCAGGAGAGAAGGGGAAUACAGGAUGUCCUGGAUCCCCAGGUACAAAGGGGACACCAGGGGAUGUUGGAAACUUUGGUCCCCCGGGAGAGUAUGGUCCCUGUGGCCUUAAAGGACAUCCUGGACCCCCAGGAUGCAGAGGUCCUCCUGGGCCUCCUGGUGAAAAGGGUUGUGAUGGUCCUCCAGGGAAAAACGGCCCACCCGGACCCACAGGCCUGACAGGUAACAAAGGGGCACCUGGAGAUCCUGGUCCAGCUGGUCCAAGAGGGAACCAGGGACAGGAUGGGAUACCUGGACCUCCUGGAGAGAAAGGAGCAAUGGGAGCUCCUGGAAUUGGACCUCGGGGCCCAGAAGGGAAGAAGGGUUCACCUGGAUGUGUUGGGGAGAAGGGUCCUCCUGGUCCCUGUGGGCCUCCUGGUCCCCAUGGUCCAGGAGGAGAACAAGGGUGUCCUGGCCCUCCUGGGCCUCCUGGUCCUCCUGGUUGUCCUGGUAAAGAGGGAGUCUGUAUUGAAGGGGUCAAAGGUGAAGGUGGAUUCCCUGGAGUACAAGGACCCAAAGGUCCGCCAGGCUGUAAGGGCCCCCCUGGCCCUCCAGGUCCUGGUUUUAAAGGAGACAAGGGAUACAAAGGAGCAACAGGUGAACCAGGACCACCUGGUUGCAUCGGUGAUCCUGGCCCGAAAGGGCCACCGGGUGAAGGCAGAAUCCUAGGCCGACUUGGAAACAAAGGCUCUAUGGGAGAAACUGGUGUCACAGGGCCCAUAGGUGUUAAGGGGGAGGAUGGACCACCAGGUGAGAAAGGCCCACAAGGACCUCCAGGACCACCUGGGAGGAGAGGUCUGAGUGGGGAGGACGUACCCAUAAAGGUGGAUCUGUUACCAGGUGACAAAGGUGAUCCGGGAGAGCCCGGACCCCCAGGAGAAAAAGGACCCCCAGGGCCCAGAGGGAAACCUGGAAAACAAGGUACAAAGGGCUGUAAAGGAAUGGAUGGUCCAAAAGGACCAAAGGGUGAAGCGGGGCUGAAAGGAGAAGAGGGAGAUGUUGGAUUGAAAGGAGCAAAAGGUCUCAAAGGUGAAAAAGGUCCACUCGGUCCUCCAGGUCAUAAGGGUCCAAGCGGACCCUGCGCGACCGCACCGAAGCAGAAUGGCUUCCUGUUCACCCGACACAGUCAGACAACCGCUACCCCGGAGUGCCCUCCAGGAUCCAGUGAGCUGUACAGCGGAUACUCUCUGCUGUUCAUCAACGGGAACAACCGAGCACACGGACAAGACCUGGGUACGUUAGGUAGUUGUCUGCAGCGUUUUACCACCAUGCCCUUCCUGUUCUGCAGCACCGAUGAAACCUGCCGCUACGCCUCCCGCAACGAUUACUCCUAUUGGCUGUCAACUGAUGAGCAACUGCCCAGCAGCGUACCACUUAUCUCUGAGGACAUGCUGCAGAAAUACAUCAGCCGGUGUUCUGUGUGUGAGGCGAGAGCCAACGUGAUCGCCGUCCACAGCCAGACAAGUCAAAUUCCACCAUGUCCUCCACACUGGCAGUCGCUCUGGGAUGGAUUCUCCUUCGUCAUGGAAACAGGUGUGGGGGCGGAGGGUUCCGGUCAGCCUCUGGCCUCUCCUGGUUCCUGUCUGGAAGACUUCCGGAAGAUUCCCUUCAUCGAGUGUCACGGCAGAGGAACCUGCAACUACUACACCGACUCCUACAGCUACUGGCUUGCUGCACUCAACCCCGACAACAUGUUCAGUAAACCAAAGCCUCAGACUAAUCAGAGAGAGUUUCCAGGAAGUCUCAUCAGUCGCUGUCAGGUGUGUAUGAGGCUGUAGGACGACAGACGCCCGACUGGAGGAGCCGCAGCUGCAGUUCCUCUCACAGCCACCAGGUGGAGCUCCGAGAAAACUUGAAAUGAAUGAGAAAAACCCCGAAGAGGAGCAUAUUUAAAUGUUCUGCACGGCAACAGAGUGUGGAGCUCUCUGAUUGGAUGAUUCUCUGUCUGUCUUGAUAGCUGCAGCAACACUGAAGUCUUCUUUAUUAAACAAUCAGUAAAUAAGGAGACGUGCUGACGGUGUGAACACAUGAAUCCUUCUAGAAGCUUCCUGUUCUCAGUUGUACAUAUUUUAUCCUUUCCAACCAGCUGAUAUAUUGUGAUAACAUUAUUUUUGUUUUGUGAAUAUGAAUCUUGUUGAAUUUAAUAAAACAUUUUGUUUUACAGAAACCA